AUGUUAUAUUUGGAAGACUAUUUGGAGAUGAUCGAACAUUUACCUCAGGAGCUCAGAGAUCGCUUUACUGAUAUGAGAGAGAUGGAUUUGGGUAUACACAAUAACAUGGAUGAACUUGAAAAACGUGUGAAACUAUUUUUCAAUGACUGCAAGAGAUAUUCCCUUGAUAAUCUACCUCAAAAUGUCGAUACAGAGUUUCAAUCUAUCAGAAAAGAAUACUAUAAAAACUUGGAAGAUGCUGAUGAAAAGGUACAUUUGGCUAGUCAAAUGUAUGAUUUAGUAGAUAAAUAUUUGAGAAGGCUAGAUUCAGAACUCUAUAAGUUCAAGUGUGAACUGGAAGCUGAUAAUAAGGGAAUCACAGAAGUUCUGGAAAAACGAUCCCUAGAAUUAGAUACUCCAAACACCACACCUAGUAUAGCAUUGUUACAACAAAAGGAAAACAGAUAUGAUAGGUUGUCAGUGCUGUUUAAUCCAGAUAGAGUGGAUGAUGUCCACAAAGAGAUUGCUACAGAGAAAUUCAAGGCUCUAGGAAAGAUCCACUCUAUCCUGCAGAAUCCAGACAAGCACAAUCUGUAUAAUAAAAGUGGACAAUUUGAUGAUGAAAUGGACACAUUCUUCAAUUGUAUGGACUAUUGGAGAAACAUGUUCAAGAAGAUUGAGAUAAAGGACAUACAAAAGUAUGAACAAGAGUAUACAUUGGCUCAGACACUGAACUCAGAGACAUAA